AUGCUCCUGGUGCUGCCACACAUCAUAGGUAGUCUCACUUGUAGCAUACAGGAGAAGUUCGAGAGGAAUCCACCUGGAAAGAGAUGGGAGUGGUACCGAGAGGUUGAGGAGAUCGAUCGACAGAGGAUGCUACUACAGCAGUCCUCAGCUAGACACUCACUCCUGAACGCCACAUCACCCCCACUAAGAACUGGGUCUCAGCCAAAUCAAAGUUCGAUCCCCAUCCGACAACCCACUCAACCUUAUCCAGCUCGAUCACCAUCACAAGCAACUACACAAGCAACUAUACAAAACCUAAACCAACCAACUAACCGACCCCUUCCUCAUCAUCCCACCCAACCCUCGAAGCAAGGAAGCCCUGCUCCAUCAGGUAUCAACACCUGUCAUGUAUGCAAGGGUAUCAGCCAUUGGGCCAGAGACUGCCCCAGCAGGAGGGUAGACCCUCUUAGCUCUCGACCCAUGGGACCAAAGGUUAUGGUCACCACAGCAGACCCCUUCAAGGAGGCCACCGACUCAGGAGAUGGCCACACAGGCAGCACUGAGAUGGGUGACCCCAAGGCCAUGGACCUCAGCUCAUACCAGCAACCCAUGGACCCCGGUCAUGAGGAGGAGCAUGAUGAUGACGACGACGAGGGAAAUAUUGUCAAGUAUGUUUCUCUACCAGUGGAGGCAAAGCAGUACUGGAGCUCUCUGGAAUGGUUCAAGACCAUCCUGCUCGGAUACUAG